UUGUAGCUACUGACGGUCGUCAUAAUUUGUGCCGUAAGUUCUUACAAGCGAGGUCCACGACAACAAGCAAUAAUUUAAGUGUAGAAUGCGGUAUUAUAAUACAACCAUGGAUAUAUAAGGUGAUUUUAAUUAACGAGGUGUGAAUUGUAAGCUGAAAAUCCUUCUCUUGCAACUCGUCGAAACUUAAUAGCGGUGCGUGUAAGAGAUAAUUUAAUAGAGAAAGUGGUAAUUCUCCUGUUUCGGACACUUCGCUGUCAUCAAGCUAAUACUAUGGACUGGAAUGUAAUCACAACGUCGGCGUCAGCCCUGGCACCACUAGAUUCUAAGAUACAACAGUCGUCAGUUGUUAACCUCUUCAAGCUUUCCAAGGAUUGCAACAAUCAGGCAGAUCAAAAUGUGGAAAAGUCUGUUGAUGAAACGGCUACAACCAAUGCAAGGUAUGACGAUAUUUAUAAUGGGCUGAGUCAUGAUUCACUUGAUGAAAGUGAUACACCAUGGUGUGACAAGGACUUGCAACUAUGGGAGCGGGAUAAGGCAGUAGUUGUAGAGAGUCUUAUGAAUCGUCUUAGAUCUUGUGAUGAUUCAGCACGAGUGCGUGGCAAACCAGAUAACAACCAAGAAAGACCUACUCAAAGUAAAGUUGAACCCGUGCGUUGUACACCAGAUAUUGUUAUGUCACAUGAACUUGAAAUGCUGGUCAGUUGGUUAGAUCGACAUGCACAUUACCCACUUGGCGUAACGGAUGAUGCAAAACGCAUAUUUGUAGAUAACAUGCUUCCAUUGCUCAGCCCAUGUGACGCAAACGCACAUAAUUUUAUCUCCUUCAUGCUUGAACUGCCCCCGCUAGGGGAUGGGACGCAAAAUGGAUUUAUGAAAAAAUAUCUUAGGGUAUCUUUGCAACAUUUGCAAAAACAGGCUUGGGGUUCUCUUCAUCUGGCAUUACUCAACACCAAAGGAAUAUUCGUGGAUUCAUUAAUCGCAGCACCCCAAGCCAACACAGCGAAGUUACUCAGCAUAUGUGUAGAAUGUGCUAAUCAUGUAUUCCCUGGCCAUGUACAAAUCAGCCCUGAAGCUAAACCAAGGAAUAGUGAAUAUUAUUUCUUCAUUGCAUACUUGCUAUUCCGAGCUGGCGCAGUAUACGCACUUCGGAUACUAAUUGAUAAGAACACUAAUGGCAAGGUAGCAAUACCACAAGGUAUAGAUGAAUCGGAGUACCCACCAAUGUUCGUCGAACUCUGCCAGUUGCUUGUUAGUAUCCUAAGUGAAAAGGAAUGCUCCGCUGAAAAGCAGGUGCUACUUGGCAAGUUUUCGUCUGAAUAUUUCCCAACAAAACAAACUAAAAGUAUCACACUGUUGGGUAAGGGAAGCAAUUUUUAUGUGCUUCUACUGUUAAGUGUCAUAUACCCGGAUUACUAUGCAGCAUGCGAUGCGGACUCACUCUACACCAAGGAAGAUUAUAUAUGGUACCAAAUACAUAUAAUAUUGAGUGGUUCCAAGACGUCGCUCACCAUGGCAACAACACGAUUGUGCCAUACAUUGACACAAGAGGCAGAGGCAAUCAAGCCCGAUGACCCGAAUGUAGUCGAGCGUGUACUUACCUAUGCCUAUUAUAUCGCUCUCGCUGGAGGCGUGAUGGAAACGAUGCGUUUACUCAUGUCUGCUGUACAGACUUCUAGGGUACAGGCAGUAGCACUUAUAUUCUUGGUGUACUUUGAAAAUUCUGGUAUACUUGACGGUGAUGACCUCACAUAUAUCGCAAACUCGUUGUGGAAGCUGGAAAGCAAUGCAACCCAAAUGAAAGAAACACACUAUUUAACUCAAUUGGCUUUUAACAGGAAACGCAAUGUCUCUCCAGAAUUAAAGAUUGUCUUGGCCACCAUACUGCCACAAGAAAAGGCUGCUUCGUGCAUGAAGUAUGUCAUAUCAGAAAGCUUUAAUGAUGCAGUCAACACCUGCUUUAUCGGGUCUUCCACAACAAGAAAUGGUAUGCUGAUGAUCGGCCCUUUGUUACAAAAGCUUAUAAAACUAGCUACAAGACGCAGUGCCGCAAAACUUGCUAUUCUGCUCAUGGCACAAUAUUCGGCACAUGUAGGCCUUUGGUCACCCGCUUUCAAGUGUUUCUACUGUAUACAGGACGUUGAUAACUGUGUAUCAGUACUGGAGGCAUGCUGUUGUUACCUCUAUGACAAUGUAGAACAAAAUAAUGGAAACACAGUUACUGCCGAGGAUCUUUGUGUAUAUUUCAUGUUAGCUAAAAGCCUAGCACCUAACAAUAAGCGACUGCUAGACCUCACAGGGUUGUUCGAAUGCAUCAAAACAUCUGUACUAGUCAAAAAGGGACAGUACGUAGAAGCCGUGGCUCAUGCAAAAGGGAAUCGUAUAUUUGAAGGAGUGACCCAAGUGCUGCGAAACGAAUCGCACCAAAUAUACUUCAACGCCCUGGUAGACUUUAUAAGAGCUCUUAAACACCUGGUAGCCAAUGGGCAGCAGCCAUCCACCUUGUUGACACAAGCAGAGGCCCAUAACCUUGUGGACUUACUUGAAUCCGCGUAUCAAAAUUGUAACGUUGACAAAAACCGUACUGUGGAAGCUAUACACAUGGUCAUGACCUUCGUUACUAUUGUGCCACCAAAACAAGACCAAACAUCAUCAUAGAGACUAUGAGCAUUUAAACACAAUGAUAUACUAAUGCAUUUCCCAUAGCUACGUCUAUAGUAGCUGGGAAUUGCAUCCACAAGUCACGUAAUAGUACACG